AUGCGUAGCAAACAGCCUGGUACGCCUGCUCUGUACCUUGCGAACAGCAGGCGUAUCAAUUCGGCGGGCGACGAUGUCACCAUCAUCGUUGGAGGCAGCACGGCAAAGCCCACUGGGCGCAAACAACCCGCCGUCAAAAGCACGGUCGCGAGCUGCGAGGAGUCGGAUGCCGCCGGAGUAGAGGAUGACGAGGAGGAAUGGCCUGAGGAUGGGCGCUAUGAAGAUGACGAAGACACCCGUGACGUGGAGGCGGACAUCAACGAGGACGAGUGGUGGAACCAGGACUAUGCCGGUGGGGAGGUGGAGCACGUCAAGUACCACGUUGACAAGGGCACCAAGCCGAGACUCACAGCUGCUGAGAAAGGGAAGGUAUCGCUUGGUGAGGGUAGUAGCAAGGGGACCCGUGGCAAGGCGAAUGUUAACAAGGAGGGUGGCAAGAAGAAUCGUCGCAAGGGGACCCGUGGCAAGGCGAAUGCAGAUGAGGGUUGCAGGAAGGAUGACGGAGGCGACGGUGAAGCCGAACCAAACUCGGAUGAUGACUACGCUGAAGCAGCGGGCCCAUUACUUACCUACCCGGAGAAGCGAAAGCCCAAGGACCCGCAUGACAAGAAUCCAAAUGCUCGGCCCCCGUCACCUCACGGCCGCGGCGUCAAACGGACGAGGCGACCUUGGUCUGUAAAGGAGAAGGUCAAGUGGGCCUUGAGGUACGGCUAG